AUGUCACGGAAGCAAACUCCAAAACCUGGUCGGACGAACAAGAAGAGCGACUUGGAGCGUAAGAGGGACGAGAGAGCCGCACGCCGUGCAAUAGCAAAAGACCGCAAAAACAAAGGGCAGGAAGACGAAGGAGCAGAGUUUCUCAGCUUCUCUAAUCAGCUUCAGGCGCUGGGGCUCAAACUCCGCGAGGUCCCUGGUGAUGGGAACUGUCUGUUUCGAGCUCUCGGUGACCAGCUGGAAGGCCACUCUCGCGCUCACCUCAGACUCAGGCAGGAGACUGUGGACUUCAUGAAGUCACAUCGUCAUGACUUUGAGCCUUUUGUGGAGGAUGACGUCCCCUUUGAGAAGCACCUCUCCAACCUGUCCCAGCCUGGAACUUUUGCAGGAAAUGAUGCCAUUGUUGCCUUUGCACGUAGCCAAGAAGUCAAAGUGGUGAUCCACCAACUGAACACUCCGCUCUGGGAGAUUAAUGGCUCUGAAAAAAUGCUGUGCAGAGAACUGCACAUUGCUUACCGAUACGGGGACCAUUAUGACAGCGUGAGGACGAUUGGGGACAACACAGAAGGCCCUACUCAACUACGGAUAGAGAAUCUACAGAAAGGUCAUAAGCGUGAAUUUGGUGACUGUCAGAGAGAACAUCAGAACUUUUCUCCUUCAGAUGACGAAAGCUUCAUCCUCAGCUCCCUCCGCAACAGAGGAAUACCAGGAGAUGAGGAGAACCUGUUCCAGCUGACUGCUGCGACCAUCAACACAGAGUGGCUCCUGGGGGCUCAGGGCUGUAAAUGUUCCUCUGGCUCCUGUUCCAACUGCACUAACAUCCCGUCUGAGGAGAGCGAGCCCAGACCUCCUGCAGAGGACAACAAUGCACAGAAGCUAAAGGUGUCCAACAAACAACGCAAAGAGCAUCAGCGGUUGGAAAAAAAGAAGCGGCAAGAGGAACGUCACCGUCAAAAGGUUCUCCAGGGGAAAGGGCUACAGAACCAGAACCAGAACUUGCCCGACGCUGUGACUUUAGUACCGGCCAUAAACACUUUGAGCCUAUGA